AUGGAGCUGGAUGAGUGCGUCCACACCUUAACUGAGAGCUUUGAGCCCUUUGCGCCUGAAGCUCGCCCAGGUGAUCGGUUACUGGACCGCCAUGCGGACCGUCUCCACUUUGACGAGCGCAAUCCUACCCAGGAUAGGCGCCCAUAUCUUGCUGAGCUCAUUGUGAAAGCGAGGGCCAACCCUUCAACAGUACUGGCUGCAACUGAUGACUCUACUUGCUAUGUCUCUGGCAGAGUUACCGCCCCUGAUGUGGAACUCAAUGCCAUCUCGUAUGCAGUGUGCCUUGCUGUCAAGCAGGCAAACUGCCAACAUAUUAUGGUCUUUACUGACUCUAUGGGCUCAGCCCACAGAGCAGUGGACCCCUCCAUGCACUCUGGCUUGCAUGGACAGGCGGCUUCGGCUGCCAUCAUCUACAAGAGACACCGCGAGCUUGAAAGGACUCGCUAUGUCUCUGGCAGGGUUACCGCCCCAGAUGCGGAACUCAAUGCCAUUUCGUGCGCAGUGCGCCUUGCUGUUAAGCAGGCAAACUGCCAACAUAUUAUGGUCUUUACUGACUCUAUAGGCUCAGCCCGUAGAGCGGUUGACCCCGGCGUGCACUCUGGUCAGGCUUUCAGCUUGUCAGUUUGUCGCACUCUUCAAGGGUGGUUUGAGGCAGAUGAUCUCCGCUGCAUUACCUUUGUCUACGUCCCAUCCGCUCUGCGGUGGGAUAUCCAUGGUGAAGCACACAAGUACGUCACCGAACUUAAAGUCAGGGUUGGACGUCGCAAGACGGACAACUCUAUAGACACGCUACACUCCCAAGCGGCGCACUCAGUCCUGGAUUCGUGGAGCUCCACUUUCCAGGAUCCAACUUACCGAGGCUCUGAAUUCUUCGAGCUUCAACAGCCUGACAGGCAGCCGCUACAGCCAUCGUACCUCAAUGGGGGACCUUGGCUUUCAACAUUCAGACACAGUAUCACUGAGUUCGCUCACGUUUGCCAGUGUAUAACUGGCCACGCGCCCAUUGGAGCGUAUUACCGUCGCUUCAAGAUCAACGAGCCUCACGGCUGCACUUGCGGGGCUGCUUUGCAGUCCUGUCAGCAUAUUCUCUUUCGCUGUCGCGAUCGCUACUCCGUGCAUUACCCCCGCUUUCUUGGGGAUAUUGCAUCUUUUAUGAAGUACAACCCCACGGCGUUUGGCUUCAACCGGGACCCUUCGGGUGUCAGAUAA